UAAUAAGUUUUUUGCAGCGGUCGGAAUAGCAAGACGCUACGUUGCCAGUCGCAUUUCCGACCAGCGCCGUGCAUUCACUCGGUGACUAGGUGGCGGUGCAGUUAUCAUUCAGCAAGCAGGUAACGAUGAGUAUUCAAGCAGCGAUGGGACUCCCGAUGGCACUGGUGGUGUUUGUGGUAUUUCUGGCGAGGCUAAUGACCUCCGCCUCGACCCCUGUAUCUUUCACCACGACCCCGCCGCCCCUCGCCACGCCCAGCGCUGACCUGCUCGCCCUCUCCAAAGACUACUGGAACUGGAAGACACAGGAGUUCCCUCAGUUUUCCACGCAGCUGGGCAUCAACGACGACACCGCAGCCCGCCUGGACUCUUACGAUAAGCAACGCCUGCAGAAGCGGAAGGCCAAGUGUGAGGAGUUCCUGCAGCGGGCCAACAAGAUAGACACCACCUCGCUCUCGACGGAAGACUUGAUCACCCUGAAGGUGUUCAAGGAGGAAAUGAAUACCUACGUGCAGAACUUCCCUUAUAAGAAGUACUACGCGCCCGUCACCUUCAUGUCUGGGCCUCAAGAAUCCCUCAGGUAUAUGGUGGAGAAAGAAGUGGUUCUCGACUCUUACAACGAUUAUGAGAAGCUCCUCUCAAGGUACAGCGACUUUCCCAGACAGGCACAGGAAAUCCUCACACUGCUGAGGGAAAACAUAAAGGACAACAUCAUGCCUUCCAAUUGGUCCAUGGUGGGCGUGAUGGAUCGGUUUGACAGUCUGAUCGGCCCCGUGGAGGAUUCAUUGUUCUAUAAGCCAUUCGUCAACAUGUCCGACACCAUCACCGCAGAGCAGAGAACCACACUGAGGCAGCAGGCCCAGGAAAGAAUCAAACAGGACCUUAUUCCCUCGUUCAAGGAAAUUCGUAACUUCAUAGAGAACCAGUACCUGCCGGCCACCCGAACUGAAGUGGGGGCGUCGUCGUUGCCUGGCGGAGAGGCUUACUACCAGGCAUGUCUCAAAUUCCACACCACUACAGACCUGACGCCGCAGCAGAUCCACGACCUGGGCCAGAAGGAGGUGGCGAGAAUCCAGGCGGAAGUGCAGAAGACGGCUGCAGAAAUUGGGAUGAAAGGCAAGACUUUGUCUGAGAUCAGCCAGGCCCUCAUGACUGACCCGGCACAAAGGUUCAGCAGCAAGAAUGAUCUCCUGGAGACCUUCAGAAACACCGUCUACAACGACAUCUAUCCCCGGGUGAAGCAAAUGUUCCCCAGAUUGCCACAGACCAACGUCACAGUUGAAGGAGAUGAUAACCCAGAUGCUAUCAUUGCGAGGUACAGCGAACCAUCCAUAGACGGCUCGCGCCUCGGCAGUUUCAUCAUCAACACUCACUCCUUUGAUACCUUGAAAAAGUACGAAGUGAUGGCGCUGUCCCUGCACGAGGCGUACCCUGGCCACCACCUGGAAGCCGUCUAUGCAAAGCUGAACCCAUCUAACCACACCUUCCGCAAGUAUGUCGACUUCACCUCAGACCUGAACGCCCCAGCGAGGUUCCCGCUGCGCACCGCCAUAAUUGAGGGCUGGGGUCUCUACUCCGAAUUUCUUGGAGAGGAACUCGGCAGCUAUACCGAUCCUUAUCAGAAGAUGGGCCGCCACUCCUUCGAGCUGCUGCGCGCCAGUCGUCUUGUGGUGGACACAGGCAUACACGCGCUGGGCUGGUCCAGGGACAGGGCUGUGGCCUUUCUGAUGAACCACACGGCAUUUUCCGAGAAAAAUGUACAGGGUGAAAUCAACAGGUACAUUACUUAUCCAGGGCAAGCUUGUGCCUAUAAGGUUGGCGAGAUCAAAAUAAAGAAGCUAAGACAGAGGGCCGAGGAAACUCUAAACACAAGUUUUCAGCUCGCAGACUUCCAUGACGUCUUGCUGAGUUGCUUAACAUCACUGAAGAUCGUGGAGGAGUGUGUCAUGAACUAUAUUGGAUCCGCUACACACAGUACAGCUUAGACACUCAGCUAAAGCAGUGGUACAGCACGUCAUGAGACCACACCUUUGAGACGCGUGAGUGGACGGUUUACUUAGUAAUGGCAGCUUCAAAUCCGUGUAGCCUUGUAUAGUGUUUGCUAUCGUGCUGUAGCUAUGUAUUAUUUAUUUACUCUUCAUAGAUUAAUACACUCAUGAAUAACGCUCCAUUAUACGAAUAACUUAUGUUAAUCUAUUUUGUCUAUGUUCCUGUGAAUGUUUACCUACAUGCUAAGUCUUGCUUAUUGUUCAUUUGUGUGUGUGUGUGUGUGUGUGUGUGUGUGUGUGUGUGUGUGUGUGUGUGUGUGUGUGUGUGUGUGUGUGUGUGUGUGUUUAGAUGAGUGGGUUGGUUUAUGUAAGUACAGGUGUGCAAUUUAAAGAUGAAAUGGUGGUCCACAAGUGUCCACGUCUCUAUUUAUUUCACGCAGAAAAGCCAGAAAAGAAACAGAAACGACACUGAGUAUUUCAAGCAAACAAAUCUGUGUUCUCGGAUGAAGAAUGGAAAGACUGCCGCUUGGUAUGACUAGCGCUGGAGAGUUAAGAAUGGAAUAUCACAAAGAUGCAGAAUGAACAUUGUUUGUUUCGUUUUUACUACACGGAAAGAAGUGAACAUGAAUUGCAUACAUCAUUUUUUCACUUAAUAUUAUUAGUGAAAGGAAGUCCAGAUAUGUUCAAUGCAGAGGACUGGUAUAUUCGAGUGUAAAUGAGGGAGAGGGAAUGGUUAUCUGGAAAGCUGUCUCGAGUGGAUAGAUGAAGGAAUUGAGUCUUAUUAGUAAGGCGUCCUGCAGCGUCCUCUCGUGAUCUGUUUCAUUCCGCUGAGUUGUGUGUCUGGUAAAUAACGCUAGAGUUUAUAGGAGAAGUUUGACUUAGAAUAUCAUUUAUGCAUAUUAGGAAGAGGUAAGAAAUAAUAGGAACUGGAUAGGACAGAGUCAUGUAAAAAAUAAAUAAAUAAAUAAAUAAUAAUAACAAUGACCGUCUACCAUUGCUGUAACAGAACGGGCAGAAAGGAAACUUGAUACAUGAAUGUGCAGAGUGACAGAUAGAAACGGUAUAAGGGAAGCCUAGAACUUGAAGAUUUGUGGAAUAUUCAUUAAUGAA